AUGUCGGGACACAGUCACAACGGAGCCCCGUGUACUGGUCAUGGUCAUGGACAUAGUCAUGAUGAAGAAGGGGCCGGCGAAGGACCGGGCGGAAGCCGUCCGUCUGCCGCCGAUAUUCAGGCGGUUUGUGGUUUUUAAGUCGACUGAGAACUCUUGCUGUGUGUUUGAAGGAUGGGAGAAGUUUUUGAAGAAAUAUCGACACUAAAUGUCGUUGUAGACUUUAUUUUAAGUCUUGAAAGGUUCCUGCGCCUUUAAACGCCAAAGAGAAUAGUUUCUGAUUAGACAAAAGCACUAAAUUUGUGUUUCAAACGUUGAGAAAGAUAUUUGAAAAGGUAGCUGUCUUCACCUCACUUUCAAUAAAACUGGUUUCAGGAAAGAAAGAAAAAAAUAUUUUUAUAAAAAAAUAUUUAUUUUUAACUAUCACGCUCAUUUUUUUAUUUAUUUCAUUUUUAAAUAUAAAUGGGAGCGAAUGCCACGCGCGUUUCUACUCAAAUAAUAAGGAAGACUCAAGCCAAAAAGUUAUUUUUUUCAAUAUAGGUUGUUCGAAAAAAUUUCCGAGACGUUUGAAGAAGAAUGUACGAAUUUUAUGAAGUUCGAAUGCUAAUUGAAGAGCUUGUGAGAGCUAUAAAGUUAAAUUUUACCUCAAAAAAGAGAUUUUAUCAUUUUUCAGUUGAUGGACCAGCUUCGAGCGGCCGGCGUCGACGUCUCCAACCUGCCGAACGUCGCCUCGGCGCCACGUCAUCUUGACGAAGCGCGCUCCAAAAAUUUCCAAUUCUGGAGCACCCAACCCGUUCCCAAUAUUGGUUUGAAAUCAACUGAUCAAGCCUUUUUGAAGAUAUAUUUUAAGAUGAAACGGUUCCCGAAGACGUGAACACGGCGAUCGAGCCGGAUAUUCCGCUGGACCAGGUCCGCGGCGAGCCCUACACUCUUCCCGACGGUUUCGAAUGGUGCAACGUGGACCUCAAUGACGACAAACAGCUCAAUGUUAGAGUUGGACUCUUGAAAAAUGGACAGAAUUUGGAAGAAUUUGACAAUCUUGGAAAAUUUUUAGUGGCCACCAUAGAGGCUCAGGACUACUUGGAGAGGACACUAAAGUGGCCUCUAAACCCACCUCUAUAGUGGCCACUAAUUUGACUACUAUAGUGGCCACUAAACAUUUUCCCAGAUUGGCUUCAGCGUUUUUCAAAAGUACAGAAGUUAGUUCAAUAAAAUAAGUCGCCCUAACAGUUUUUUAAAGCUUUUAAAGACCAAAAAUUCGAUCUCUCUUACUUUUUGAAGUUCUAAAUUUCAUAGAAAAGUAGAAAAUUCAAAUGCUUCUUCGGAAAAAAAAGUGUUAAUAAACUAAAAUCUGAGCUGAAUUUUCUGGUCGAACUCUGAUUGAAAAACUGAUUUCCGCCCCUUAGAAAUCGAUAUUUCAGGAGCUUUACACGUUGCUGACGGAAAACUACGUGGAGGAUGAGGACGCCAUGUUCCGUUUCGAUUAUGCGGCGCCAUUUUUGAAAUGGUGAAUAGAAAAGUUCAUUAAAAGUAUUUGAUCAUAUUUCAAAUACAUUAGUUUGCAGGUCGCUUUGAUUUUUUAAAAUUACUUUUGGCAUAUAAAUCUGGUCAGAAGUUUCAGAAAUAUCCGGCAGUUUCUCUAUCAGAAUGCUUCUAAGUGUUUUCCGCGAAAUUCAAAAUUUUCCCUGACUCGCCAAAAUUUAUUGAUCUUUUUCGUUCUUUGAUGGCUAUUUCUUAUUUUGCGGAAUCACUUUGAACUAAGAAUGUUGAAGUUUCCAAUUGUUUCUUUUCUUUUUCUGACUUUUUCUUCCUCAUUCAUCUAAACGAGUUGAAAUUCGAUAAUUCAAGGGCUCUACAAGUGCCCGGCUGGCUCCCGCAAUGGCACUGCGGAGUCCGGGCCAAAUCCAGCGGCCGUCUUCUGGCCUUCAUCGGCGCUGUCCCGCAGAACAUUCGCGUCUACAAAAAGGCCGUCAAAAUGGUCGAAAUCAACUUUCUCUGUGUUCACAAGAAGUUGAGGUGAGGGAAAUGAGAUUAAAAGAUUAUAAAACUGUGUAAAAUUCAAAGUUUUGGUUUUUUUACUAUUGAAAGUAUUCAAAUGUAAGCGAAUUAAGAUGAGAAGAGCUCAAAAAAAUCAUAUUUCAAGAAAGAAAUAAUUAUGAGUUUGAAUACAUUUUUCGAAAAAAAAGUUGACAUAAACUGAUAUAAAUAUUUUUUUGAAAAGGUUCAAAUAAAGACACUUUUGCUGGCAAGUUCUUCACAUCACAUUUUUUUCCGCUUUUUGACAGGAUUUCAUACGAGUUUUAAGCUCAAUUUUCAGAAGAUUUUGAAACAUUUAAUCGUUCACAAAUUGAAUUUUUAAGAUCAAAACGUGUAGCUCCAGUAUUGAUCCGCGAAAUCACCCGUCGUGUCAAUCAGCAAGGCAUUUUCCAGGUGAUUUUGAUGAAUUUAACAAACUUGAGACGGGGGAAAAUCCUUUUACUGCAGAUUAGAAAAAAAGUCUUUGCCUUUCAAUUUUUUUUUUCAUUUUAAAAGGACAAAAAUGUGCUUUUAAAUGGGAAUCCAGGUUUCAACGGGUCGUCAGGAGCUUCCUAUUUUUAUCCGAAGCUUGGAAAAAUUGUAGUUUCUAUGAAACUUUGAAACUUUUGUUCAGUCUUCAGAGUAGGUUCUCCGCUGAAUCAUGGAAUAAUUGAAGAGUUGUUUGUCGGUUCGCGAUACUGUCGUUGAUCAAGUGUAGACGGCGCGUAGAGCAUCUCGCCUCUCUUGUGCUAGUAGUAGACGAUUUUCGAGCCUUUCCGACGAUCACUGCUUCUCCAUGUAGGAACAGUACGGCGCACAGCUUGUCCAGGGCUUACGGGCGUCGGAUUAAAUCUCAGACGAGAGCGGAAAUGAAGACCGACCACUCGGGUGGUAGAAAUGAGAUAAUAAUAAUAAUAAGUUUCUAUGGAGUUGGAUAAACUUUUGACAAUUUAUAGUUCUUUUUCUAAUUGAAACUAAAAAUUAUCGAUUUUUCAGGCCGCUUUUACGGCUGGAAUCGUGAUUCCGAAGCCGGUCUCCGUGUGCCGGUACUGGCACAGAUCCCUGAACCCCAAAAAGUUGGUCGAAGUUCGGUUCUCGCAUCUUUCCGCCAAAAUGACCCUGGCCAGGACCAUCAAGCUCUACAAGUUGCCUAAUGUGAGGGAGUUUGGGAUGAAAGAUGGAUUAUGUAGAGUCAAAGUAGUGCAAGUUGAAUUGGAACAUGAUCAGAAACUUAAUUUUGAUAAUAUAUGGCAUUUUUUUGAUUCUUUCACUUUUUCCUGAUGAAAACUGGCCUCAGAAAAAGAUUUUUGAGGAGUUUAAUCAAAUUUUGUUCCCUGUAGAAUUUUUCAUGUAUUUUGAGUGUUGGCCUUUAGAUUUUCAUUUUUGGAUGAGGGAAUUUGAACCAAACUCUUGCAAGUUUACUGAAAUUCCGCCUGGAACGGGUAAAGAUAAAUCGAAUUUGAGUAUCUUCAAUGAAUUUUUGAAAAGUUCAUCAUUUCUUGUAGGAGACGGCAACGGCGAACCUGCGCCCCAUGGAGAAACGCGACGUCCCGAAGCUUCUCACGCUGCUGACCAAGAACUUGGAGCAGUACUCGUUGGCCCCGAUUUUCGCGACAGACGAAGAAAUCGAGCACACGUUCUUGCCGCGCAAGGACGUCGUCUUCACCUACGUCGUUCAGGUUUUGAAAUUAUAAAUUCAAAAAGAGAGAGUUGGAAAAGUUUUUUUAACUUAACUUGACAAAAAACGGUAGUAUCUGGCUUGUGUGCUCCGCUGGGACUCUUUAGGGACUAAAUUUUGCCAAGAAGCCCGCGCGGACUUGGGCCAAGCUAGGCUUCUAUGUAAUUUUUCAUCUUUACUUGAAAUUUUCCUCGAAAAAAUCUUUUUCUUUGUUGAAUCAAAGUUGCUGUUAAGUGUAAAAACAAUAUUUUUUGUCGUAUAAAAUAUUUGACGGGGAAAAAAUUCCCUUUUUGGGCCCUAGUCGGGCUCAGAAAAUGGCCGGGCGCCGAUGGGCUGACGGGCGAGCUCGCGCACUAGUGUAAUGUUGAUUUAGUUUUCCUAUAUCUCCUCGUUAAAUGCGUUGUUAGGCGGCACGACUUGGUAAUUUUCAUUCGUAGCGCUCGUUGUUAUGCGCAGAAUGAGGUAGUAAUCGAUAGGUCAGCACAGGAUGACAAAGGGCGGAGCUUGACCUCGGCAUAAUGCUCCCGAGAGAUAAGAUCUAAAAAUAGCUAGGUGGGAAUAUGGCGUUACAAUAGAAUAAAAUCAUUUAUGGAGGGAUUCAGAUCCGUUCUUCAAUAAAAAAGAUAUCAUUCGACUGAUAUAGUUUAUUUCCGCGCAAAACGAAAAAGCUACCGUAAAUACAACCUUCUGCUCUAAAAAAUUGCUAAAAAGACAUCAAAAAACAAAGGUCGAAACGAAAAUGCUCAAUUUUCUUAAUACGGUCUUUUUUGGCAGAAGGGAAAACGUGACAAGCUGGCGCGGAAUGGACUAUAAAUAUCUUGGCUAAACUAAAAUCCUGGGAAGAUUUUGAGUGGCCACUAUAGAGGCUCGCCAAGGGCUACUUGGAAUGGACACUAAAGUGGCCACUAAACCCACCUUCAUAGUGGCCACUAUGGAGUUUCUGAAAUUAGUGGCCACUUCCGUAGUUUUUCAUCCAGUAUUCCUUCCAGUAACUCUGAUGAUCUUAAAACAAACAAAUUGCCCCAGUUUUGUUGAUCCAUUGACCCCUAAAGUGGCCACUGAAGUUUUUAGUGGUCUAGUAGUAGCACUUAGACCCCUAAAGUGGCCACUAAAAUUUUAAGUGGGAUAGUAGUAACACUUAGACCUCUAUAGUGGCCACUAAUUUUUAACCUCUUCAGUAACCACUAUUUUGACUACUAUAGCGGCCACUAAAAAUUUUUCCCGCAACAAAGAGAAAGCUACGGGAUCCAAAAAAAAAGCUUUCAAAAUAUUCUUCCUCGAAAAUCUAGAAAAAAGAAAGGUUAUUUGUUUUGAUUCUGGAGGAACAGACUGGAAAACAAUACACAAGUUAACGAUGAUCAUUUCAAUAAGAAAUGAAACAUAGCAGCCGCUGGUUUCGAUUUGUACAUUCACUUCAAAAAAUCAGUUUUUGCUGAAAAUCUUUAUUAUUUUGGUUGAGCCCUAAAGUGGCCACUAAAGUUUCUAUUGGUCUAGAAGUAGCACUUAGACAUCUAUAGUGGUUACUAGUUUGAAAACUAUAGUGGUCACCAAUACGUCAAAACCCUAUAGAGGCCACUAAAAAUUUUCCCAGUAGUUCCCCUUUUCUCCUUCAGAAAAUUCAGUGACCGCUCGAGAAUUGAAUAAUCCAAGAAAGCUACAGCUUCCGGAGAAGAUGAAUCGAUACUCCACGUGUUAUAAAAAAACCCUCUUCAAGUUCACAUUUUUCAGCUUUAAUGAUUGUUCUCUCAAAGAUUGUCUAAAGGCCCUUUGGAAUUUAAGGAGUAUCUUCGAAAUGUGUGCCUAAAAUGCGUAUUUUAUGAACUUCCAGCAAAAGAACGGCGAGCUGUCGGACAUGGUGUCGUUCUACUCGCUGCCGUCGACCGUCAUGGGCCAUCCCGCUCAUAAAUCCGUCAACGCCGCCUAUUUGUACUAUUACGUGGCCCAAAAUGUUGCCCUCAAGCAACUCAUCAACGACGCUUUAAUCUUGGCCCAUCGGGUGAGGAUUUCUCAUUAUUUCUGUGUGUUUUUGUGUUGAAAACAGAAUCAAGACUUUUUCGUGAAAUUUGAAUUUGAAUUUGGAUAGUUGUUCUUUUAAAGAUUGACCAUGAGAAAGAAGCCAUUAGCAUUACAGAAUUUCAUAAAAAUGCAGAUGACUUUUUUUUAAAAUGAAUUCUUGCUCGAAAUUCUUCAAAAAAAGCAGGAAAAAUUAAAGAAAAACAAAGAUUAGGUCUUUCUUCAGUAAGUUUCAAUGAUAUCCUGAAAAUCUUCAGUAAUUGGAACCAAAGAUUUAUUUUUAAACUGUUAUAAUGAUAAUUUUUUUGAAAAAAAUUUCCCGAUUCUUCAUUUUUUUGGAGUUUUUUUCCUUCGAUUUUAAAGGAGAAAAGCCAUUCUUGUUACUUUACGUCAGAAAAAAUACGAAAAAACGGGGUUUCUGUCACAACUUCCUAGUAAGGAAUUCGAAAGUUUCUGAAUUUCCGUUUUUUUCUCUGAACUGAAACUUCAUUAGAGUAUUAAAAAAAUAACAGUUAUCACAAUUCCAGAAAGUUUCAGAAAGAUUUUUUUACAAAGGAAGUUGUGACCGAAACCCCGUUUUUUUCAUAUAAUUUCUGAGAGUACUGUAUAUUUCUGGUAAUGCAAGACUUCUGCAUCCUUAAACAACGUAAAAAGAACUUUUUGAGCGUAUUCUGAAACUUUUCAUUGGGUAAUUUAAACUUUUAGUUUUCUCGAUUAUUUGUUUCUCUUGUAAACUCCAUUUAUCAAGUUUUCUCUCAAAAACGCCAUGAAAAACAAAUUUUCCAGGAGCACUUUGACGUGUUCAACGCUCUGGACCUGAUGCGGAACAACGAGGUCUUCAAGGAUCUCAAAUUCGGAAUCGGCGACGGAAAUCUCCAGUACUACUUGUACAACUGGAAGUGCGCCGACAUGAAACCCGAACAGAUUGGUCUCGUCCUUCAGUAAUUAUUCCCUCAAAAAAAAAGAAAGAUUUUAUUGUCUUUGUUGAAGUUUUCUAGCCCCCCUCGUUUAUCUCAGUGAUGGCUCAAGAAUUUUUAUCCCAGAAUUUAGCUUCUUUUUUCUUCCUCGUAAUGUAAUAUAUAUGUACGCAUUGACAUUUUUCCCCCCACCUUUUUUUGGUUUUAUUUUUAAUAAAUAUGUCAUUUGUUUGAGGGGCACCUUAUCAAAGAAACUUUUUGAAAGAUUAGCGCACCAGCUUAUGGAAUUUUGUUUGCCGCGGGGCUCUUUCCCCUCGUUCUUUUUGUAAAAAAAGAUUGUUUUUUUGAUGAAGCUUUUGUAUUUUUUUGCAUAAUUUUAUUGGCUUUUUUUACGCCGAUGCCAAUGAUCUAGUCAUCGACGUGUCGGGUUGGUCGUUUUUUUAAGUAUUCAAAAUUGAAUUUAAUCAGAUUGGAACAAGAGAAUAAAGGUUUAGAACGGAUUUUUAAAAAGUAUAUCAAUGGUUUUUUUCAAUAAGAAGCAUCACAGUUCAUUCAUCAUUGCCUUGAUUAAAAUGAUCGAAAAGCAAUUUUUAAAAACAGAAAAAAAAAUGAAAGCCAAAGAUGGAUUGUGGAAGCUCUUCUAACGUAUUAAGUCUCAUAAAAUUCGUACUAGGAAAAUACCUCGAAAAUUGGUAACGUUAACAAGAUCCGAACGUUUCUUGGCAGUUCUAGGAUCACUUAAAAGCGCUGGCGCUACUUAAGUGGUCACUAAAUAGAAAAGCAAGGACACGUCCGAUUCGCGUCCGUUUCGCGUUGCGGAGACACGGAUCGAGUUUAAACUUUGGUUUUUUCUAGAUUUAAGUGAGGAUAUUUGAAAACGAUAGAGAUUUUCUGCUAAUUUUCAUAAGGUACCGAGGAAAAAAUUGUUGAAAGUAGAAAAAAAUGGCUUGAAUAUUUUCAGAAAACUGCUUUUUCACCUCAUUUUAUCUUUCAAUGCAAAUUACUUGAAUGAUUCGGCUACAAGAAAAACAUCAAAAAAAAUAAUUAUUCAUCGGAAAAUUUAGAGAAAAGCAUCAUUUUGAAAAAUUUUCAAGCCUAAUCCGCCUAUUUUUCAACCAGAUUUUUUUCUGAAUGCCUUAUCGGGUUCAUCAAUUAAUUCUUUUUUUUUCAAAUAUAUGAAAUAAGUCUAUAAAUUACAAAACUUUGAACUCGAUUUUUAACGAGUUCGCGUAGCUCCUUCGAUAAAUUUGCGGUAAAAUGAUUAUAAUUUUUAUAUUCUAUAUAGAGAUUUACUGCUAGCUAUCGCAUGGUUUCAUAAAAGAAUCUCUUCAGUUUUUUUUUUCCUGCAACUAAACUUCUUCAUCAACUAAAUAUUUCUUUCCAGGAUGCUUUGCUCAAAAUCAAACGUUACUCCCUCAAGUAGGAGUCAUGCAUUUCCGACCGAUGACGGAAAUUAAAGAAGAAAUUAUGUGCAAUUUCAUGGUAAUUUUUCUCUGAAACGCUUUUUUAAACAGGUUUCAAGAGAGUUCAGUAGUUAAUUUUUCCUUCAAAAUUAUAUUUUUCAGUUCCAAGUCGGACCUUUUCAACGCGCCGAAUUAUCGGUUGUGGGCCAAUUUAUCGGAAAUAAUUCCGUCAAAGUCGUUAACAGCUCCUCCAGCACUACUGUCCUUGUGUUUGUUUUCUUCUGCCUUUUUUUUGAAGGAAUUAUGAUUAUUUUCAGUUUGAAUGAAACGUACAACAGUACGGACCAAAUUUUCGAUUUCGGAGACACGAAUGAUGUCGGGAUCUUUUUCAUUUUAAGCACUCCGAUUGGGAUCAUCUCAUUCAGCUUGGAUUUCAAUAUUCUUUCUCGUAAGUUUUGAAGACAGGCAAUGCAAAAAUAUGCGUUGAAAAUGAUUUUUAUAGCGUUUUGAAGGACUUUUUCGAUGUUUUGAUAGACUUUUUAAAAAUAUUAAAGCGCUCUGGUAUAAAAGUUAACCUGUAAAGUUAAGUGAAAAAAGGGUCCCGACACGAUAAUGCACGAGAUAGUGCCUGGCUCGUGGAGAGCGCAGACAGGCCACGCCCCCUUAUCGUCCCAAGAUAGCCGUGAAUUAGCUAAAAUAGUUUUGUUCACGCAUUCGUAAGAUUAUUUAUAAAAACCCAAGAAUUUGAAAACCUACGUAGGAAGAGGAGAUUCAGCUAGUGUUUUUCACGGAUUUCUGUGCGCUUUAAAAAUUUUUUAUUCGUUCAUUGGUCAAGCUUUUGUAUCAGUUUCCGUGUUGGAAAAGCAAAAAUUGACAAAAAUCGCGAUGUUUAUGCCUUUUUCAAAGUUUAUCUAUGACUCUCCAAAAUUCAGUUGUCCUUUUCUUUCUCUGACGCCUAUUUUGAUUUUGAGGAAUCAUUCGGCAUUGAAUUGAAACAUCGUUAUAUUAUCAUAAAGUGGCACAACGCGUUGCGGCCGCGCAGCAGUCUGUGUUAAAUUAUUGAUUUUUUUAUUUCUAACAAAGCGUUGAAUUAUUUCCUAGGACCUCUCUGAAACAAAUAUUUUUCAAAUUUUAUUUUUCAUUUAGAAUUGAAACUUUUCAGUCUACGACAAACCGAAAGAAGUAAAAAUAUUCUCCUGACUAUGCUAUGCUCCUCGACGCCUCGGAUAUUCCUCCAAACUCGGCGAUUUCUUUUACUUGCGACAGUGAUAUUGAACUGUGUAAUCCGCAGUUCUAUUUCAUUGUCGAUCAUGGAGCUCAACAAUUCCUGUCCCAAUUUUAUCUGUAUUCUUCUGACCAAAUGAUUUGUCGGUUUGUUUGAAUUAUAUAGACUUACUAACCUGUCUGCGCCCUCUUUUCUCUUUUAAACAGUUUUUGAAUGUCAAGUGCAAUGACGUCAUUCAAAAGCGCUCUAUAGAUAGCUCGCUCUCUAAUUGGUUCCUCGUCGCAUUUGGGGCGGAGCUUGAGCGAGUUCUCGCGUGUCUGCGUCUCUCUGUUCCCUUACCGCCGAGGUCAGAGAAACAUGGAAAUAGCACGUUAACAUGAGAGAGAGAUGUCAAGAGAUAUCAAAUUUUGAAUUUCAAGUAGAAUGACGUCAUUCAAAAACGCUCUGUGGAUGGAUCGCUCUCUGAUUGGUUUAUCGCGCCUUUAGGGGGCGGAGCUUCAGCGAGUACUUGACAUUUGAAAACUGGACAGACUAUAAGGAGGGCGCAGAAAAGUCCCGCCCUUUUGAGUCGCGAAAAACGAACUAUUUAUAUGACCAUAAGAUAAAUAGCGUUUGAGAGAGAGAGCGCAGACACGUCAGAACUAUCUUUGAGUUCAUUUCCCCAUCAUUCCCUUGAAGAUUGGACGACUGUUAUUGGAACGUCUUCAAUAAUUUACCGAUUGCGAUUGGCCCGAACAAUGACACUUUACUGAUUCGCGAUGGAUCCCAGUUUGAGGUCGACAGUAAGAUGGGAAUCCUCUUCGUUUUCGCCCCCUACGAACAUUUGGGCGUUUAUUACGAUGUUGCUGUGCCAGGUUGGUGGGUUACUGUAGAUUAAGGUUGUUUAGACAAGGUGUUGUAGGAUAUGAUCAUGUGGCUUGAAACAGUAGAAAAAAAUCGCAUCACUAAGCCAAGAAACAUUUUUUUUUACGUCACUAUGCCUUCAUUUUAAACUCUUUUUGUUCAAAAAAGAAACCCUGUAUUUUUAAUUUUAUUCAUUUUUGAGAGGAAGAUGCUUAUUUUUAAGAAACACUCUAGGUUACUGUUAUUUAGACAUGCUGUAGAAUGGUUAUCAUACAGUUCGAAAAAAGUACUUUUUUUUGUUGCUCUAUAGUCAAUUUGAAGUAGUUUUGCUCAAAAAAAAAACCCCUGGAAGUUAGUUUUGAACUUUAUAGCAGUUUUGAUUCAUAUUUUAAAGGAAGUUGCUUUUUUGAACGAAAACUGUUGGUUACUAGAGAUUUUCAAUGUUUCUGAGCUUCGAUGAAUUUUUAAAAUAUUAGUAAAGUCAUUUCACAAGUUUAAGUUUUUCUAUAGCCUCAACUAUUUUUUUUUAGAAACGUUCGCCUUUCCUCGUGUCAGUUCUGGUAGUUUCACGUUCUCGGUAGGUCCCUUUUUUCUGUUCUUCUUGGUACGGUAUUUAUUUCAAUAUUAAAGAUGAACCAGUACCAAGCUGUAUAUCGAAUGUUUGCCACCAACCCGUAUGAUCAAUAUUCGACUUCUUGGAUCACCGACAUCACCCCGAUUGCUGUAAAUUUUUGAAAAAUAAAUAAUAAUCCUGAAAAAUUAGAAAUUGAAGGUCGUUGUAGAGUUAAAAAAAACAGUAAGAAAAUAAUUUUUAAAAUCGGGAAUUCGAUUAUUUUUUUCUCUAUUUCGGAACUCACUGAAAAAAAACAUCGGCGGAAAAUAAAAUGUUUUGUACGCAGUGCACUCGAUGCACAAAAAAUGACGCGCAAAAACUGGAUUUGAGUAAUAUCAUGAAUAAAAAGAUUUCCAAGCUGUUAUUCAUUCAGGGAUGGCUGCAAAAAAAUCGUAAAACAUUAGUAUUCCAAAAAAAAAAAUGCAUCUAAAACUCAAAUGUAGCACAACUUGACGUUUCAGAAGUUCCAUAAACUCGCCAUUUACGCAAACUGUGCAAUACGACACAGACCGGAGGCGCUGAUUGCUGAAAUUUCGUAAAUAAAAGUUGUAUUCUUUCAAAAAUUGAAUAUUUUAGACCUGAAAACUUGGACUUUUGGACCCCUAUAAUGUUACGGGGAAGGUGUUGGACCUUCUUCAUCGAUGGAUCGGCCCAAAUUCAAAUUCAGGGAUAUUAUGCAAGUAAUUUUCGGAUCAUACUGUUAAUGCAUUUGUUCAUGAAAAAUAUUUUCUCCGGGGUUUUUUUAAAAAAUUUUUUUGAAAUUCAAUUUAAUGUUUUUUUUUCCAGAAAACUUGGGAGUUGUGAUCGGUCCAUUGAACGGAGUUUUGUUGUCGGAUGGAUAUUUGAGUGAGAAAAAUGAUCUGAUAGCCGAUUCGACGGUUUUUCGGGUUUACAAAAGUAUUGAAGAAGGUUGGUUUCGGGAUAUUUUUCAUUUUUGGGACCGUUAAAUAGACCGAUUUUUAAAAUUUGACUUUUUUUUAGCGAUACUAAAUAAAUUUGGAUGAUGAGAAGCAUACAUUUUUGAGAAACUUAGGGCCAUCAUCAUUGAAAAUAUGACAAAAAUUGUUCUACAGGGAACCUUUUUUUCUUCAAAAAUCUUCAAAGAAUACUGAAAACUAACUUUAGGAAAUCGGUGAUUGACAUAAAAUCAUUGAGAAUAAAAAGCUUACUGCAUAAUAUAUUUUAAAGUGUCUCUAAAGACAUAAUAUCCGUGCAUGAAAUGGCUUUGAAAUUUGGAACUUUUUAGCUCCAUGGACAAAAAAAACCGCAUAAAUCCAUUUUUUUGCACUUUUCAAAUAGGUUAUGUCGUGUUCUAAGGGAUUCCGGGCCGGAAAAGUGGUCCCUAUAGGGCUAAAAUCAAAAUGGUUCCUAUCGGGGUUUAGCGUCUGACCCCUUAGCUCCUAAAGCUCAAGUGGUCCAUAUAGGGGUGGUUCGAUUUUAUUCAAAAAGGCUCUUUUUCAGUUUUUCGCAUGGAAAUGCUUCUUAUGAAAAUUAUCGAGUAGCUUGUCCCCUAUAGGGGCCACUAACAGAAACCUCUGUAGGAUUUUUUUUUUUUUGCAAGCCUCAGUGUCUCCUGUAGGGGUUGGUAAAGUGGCCCCUAGAGCUUCUAGCCCUCCAAGGCCUCUAAGGUAGCCCCUAUGGGGACCACUCUGAAGUUCCUAAGAUAUGAAAGCGUGAAAAAAGCUCAAAAAUAAUUUUCAGUAAAAAUAAAAAUUCACUAUGAAUAUUAUGAGAAAUUUUCGUCAUCCUUUUAUGAAAAGGGUAAUUCUGCAGAAGCGGACUACAAUAACCCGCUUGAUGCCACAUUUACCGUAUCCCUGGCUCAAAAUUGGACGGCUGGAGUUCGGGUGACGUUGACCGUUGAUAAUGGCAAAAGCCAGGAAACUCAUUUGAUGUUUGCUGAUACUUCUAAACAAAAAAAAAACAAUAUAUAAACUUUCAGGGACUCCACGUCUCUUACAGUAACCGGCAAGAUUGCCAAUUUAAGCUACAGUAUCCCGAAAAAUACGACAGGAAUCAUGAUACGGUAUUACAUUGAACCGAUCAUUAGUGGUUUGAAUCGGAACAGUUUCUUUGAAAAUUACAGUUUUUUUUUUCAGCGAUUGGCUCUUCCGCCGCUUUAUCGCUUCAAAUUUCAACUUUGUUUAUUUUUAUUAUCACUGUUUCAAUUUGCGUUUAAUCAAUGAUGUUGACGCUUUUUUAUCAGGCUUGCUGAUAAGAAUUUUAUAAUCUCUGUCCGUUUCGAUGCUUUUUCUGACUCAAAGAGAGAAUAUGAAGUUUUUAUUUUUAAUUUUUGCGAUUUUUUCGUUUUCAAGAAUGAGAGCAGAACAAUUGGAUUUUAUAAGUAAGUCAAUUUUUUUCACCAGUUUGUUACUGAAAUUUGUUGAAUUUGUAAUCCUGGAUUUUUCCAAUCUUUAAGUGGGGUUUCUGAAUAUGGCUGGGUUGAACAGAGGAAAUUUUUGACGAUUAUUUUUCUUAUGGGCUUUCUUUUUUCCGAAUGUUUCGAAAUCAUUGAGAAAGUCUGAAAAUCUUCGCAUUUUCAAAUGGUGAACUUGGUUUUGUUGGGAAGUCCCACUUCGAGUUCAGAGCAGUAAAAAAUUAGGUGAAUAGAGAUUAAGUUUUUGGCUUGCAUUGAAGUGAGUAAAGCGGAUCCACGGCUGGCUUAAGCCAUCGAAAAAAGGGUCCCGACACGAAAAGAGAAAGACAGAGCCUGAUUGGUGGAGAGCGCAGACACGCCACGCCUUUUCGUGUCACAAGCUAGCCGUGAAUCGUCUAUAUCUUUCCAAGGGGUUCAGACAUGAUUUCUUCAAAAAAUUUGAAAGCGAAAAGCCAUGUUACGGUUUUGGAAACCCCAGAACCGACUUUUUUCAAAAUAAAAUAAAGUUUAGCAAAAAAAAAUUUCCAGCUCCACAACCUGAAAUCGUUAUGAAGUAUUCGUUGGACUAUGCCGUUAUCGUGUAUGCAUCUCUAAUACCGGUCAAUUCUUCAAUUUUAUUCACUUGUGACGGGAUCGAGAACUGCAAUCCGAUGGUUUAUAUCAAAAGCCAGCAUUUCGAUCCGAUUUACUUGUCGCAGUUUCAUUUGUACUCGUCGGACACUUGUGUUUGUCGGUGGGUUUUAAGUUUUGACUUCAAUAUUCUUUCUAUUUUCCCAUAUUCCCAUUUCUUUAUUUUUCAAUGAUUUUUGUGAAUUUAUAUAUCAUAUGUUACCUCGAUUCUUCUGUGAAGAUGCAGUCGUUUUUUUAAAAAUUUUUUUAAAAAUUUCUUUCAAGUUUUUUUCAGAUUUUUUUAUUAGUUGAGAAAUAUUUUUCUCUUGUAAGUUCUAACAAGAUUUUAUCCUAAAAACCCGGAAGAAAUACUUUUUUCAACUGGAGCCAUAGUUCUCUGAAGUUUGCCUCGGCUAAAUAUUUCAGCUAACUCUCCAAUUUUCUUUCCUCUCCCUGCCAAAAAAUAGAAAUAGUUCAGAUUGGACGAAUGCAGCCAAGAAAUCCCUUUCAUGCUCGGAGCUGGUAACAGUACUCGCAUUGUCAACGUCGGCUCGCCAUAUUCUGAGGAAAACUUUCCCAACGAUGUCAUUUUCGCUUUUGCGCCCUAUGAACUUCUUGGAAUGGACAGCUCCGAUCGACAUGGUUGGCUGCUGAAAACCCAAUAAAAAUGUUCUUUUAUGAAUUAUUUUUAAGCUAGCUAUAUCACCGACCGCGUGGAUGUUGGCAAUGCCUCCUUGGCGGGAGAAGUUUCGAAUUUUCCUCAACUUUUAUUUCGUAUUUUGAAGUUUGCAGAGUGAAUCAAAUGCCGCCGUGUUUAGAAUGAUAGAAUUUGUUCCAUAUAACCCGUAUGCGACUUCCUACAUUGUGGGCAUUACUCCGAUCGAGGUUAUUGGUUUGUUUUUUAAAGAUUUGAAAAAGAAAAAAGAAAAGAGACGAUUAAAAAAAAAAUUGAAAAUCUAUACUGAGACCUUGGUAACGCGAAUCGGACGUGUCGGGGCAUUUCUAAUGACCACUUUAGUAGCCUCAGAAAAAGGGAUCCCUAGAAUCGCCCAGAAACGUCCGGAGCACGUCCGUUUCGCGUUACCAAUGUCCGAGAUAGAUAUAUAUAUGCUUUAAAAUUGCAAUGGCGCGCUGAUGCACCAAUUCGUGAAUUUCUUGCUUUUUUUUCUCGGCGCAUUCAUCGGAAUUCAAUUUUUCUUAUGGCGUGUUCAUCGGACAAAACGAAAAUUGUUCCGAAACGCAAAAAAUUGCUUCAAAACAAAAAUUAGUACUGUUUUGAAGCAAUUUUGGCGCGCCAAUGAACACGAUUUUUUUUGAAGCAUGUUCCGUUUCUCGAAUGAAAACGUCAUUAAAUGCAACAAAUUGGUUUCAAAACAAAAAAUGUAAUGUUUCGGAACAAGUUUGGUGCGACAAUCAGAACUUUUUGUGUUAUAAUUUUCCACGUAGUAAGAUAAAAGAGAAAAGAAAAGUAUUUAUCAGUUCAUUACUCCAUAGAAUACACAACGGGUGAAUUGAAUUUAUGUCACUUCGUAGUCCAAUUUUUCUACUCAACGCAUUUUCAAAUGUUUUCGGAAAAUGUUUUUCUUUGUGUAAGUUACGCCAUAUUUUACGUUUCAGGGCUUCCAACGGCUACUUAUUUACGCGAAUUGUGCCAUUCGACAUAGUGAUGAAGUGCUUAUCGCUAAUUUUGAGUAAUUUUCAUUUUUAUUCAUCAAAAAAUCAGUCAAUUAUUUUUUCAGCUCCCAAUAUAUUUCGGAUUGGGUCCCCGUAAUGUUGCGUGGAAGCUGUUGGACGUUUUACGUUGAAGGAAAUGUUCAAAUCGAAAUUCAGGGAUAUUAUUCGGGUUCCCUUGUUCUUUCAAAUCAAAAUAUGAAUGUUUUCAAGUUUUCAGGAACGUUUGGGAGGAUAACAAGAAAAAAGAGUGGCGUUUUGAUGUCUGAUGGAUAUUUGAGUCAGCUAAACUUUUUGAUAAGGGAUUCGCAAAGUCUUCAAGUUUUUAAGUUAGAUUCUGGUUGGUUUUUUUAUACAAAGAACUUUUUCGAAAAUUUUUUUGUCAUGAAGUUGACAAAUCAUUAGUUUUUUUCAAGUUCGAACAAAUGGAAAAUUUUUUUAAUUUUUUUGCAUUUUAUUCAAUUUUAAGUGUUUACUAUUCAAAAAAAUUUUUUUGGCCAUCGUAAAUUUUUAAUAUUUUUUCUUACAUUUCAUAACGUUUGUUGGAAUUUAUCCGCUUCCAUAGGAGUUUUCAACAUUUAUAGGCCCACAUUUUUGAUCAGAUUUUUUUAGUUGAAUUUCAGGAAAACCAUCCAACGCGACAUUUUCUCUGACUGUCGGUGGAGAUUUAUCAUAUGGUGAUAAUGUUUCAAUAACUAUCAAUAAUGGGAAAAGCCAAGAAACUCAGACUUUGUAGGUUUUUCCUGAGAAUUUAUGAAAAAGUUAUCUAUUUUUCAGAGACUCUGCAUCUUCCUUCAAUUCUUUGAGUGGGACCGGCUUGAGCGCAAAAAUAAGCUAUAGUUUACUUGCAAAUUCGACGGGUGUACUGAUACGAUAUAAUAUCGAUCCGAUAUUAGGUGAUUUUGAGUUUGAAAAAUUUCAAAAUGGGUUUUUUUACAGUUUAUGUCGAAUCAUUUUCAACGGGUUUUACGUUCAUUUCCAAUUUGUUAAUAAUUUUUUUAUUUCCUGUAUAAUUGUGAAUAAAUGAAUUUUUUUGUGUUUAUUUUUUUGGCGUGAAAGGAGAUUUUUUUCGUCUUUGUGGUACUUGAAAUGGAAUUUAGGUUUUGGGGCCAUCUUCAUUGUUCAAAUUUUUCGUCGGAGGAAAAAAAGUAAGUUUUUUUAUUUUUAUUUUUCUUUUUUUCCGGAACUCUUGAUGGAUAGGCCUAGACAUGUCCAUUUAAAAGCCUUGAUUCUUCAUUUUUAUCACCUUUUGUCCCCAGAAUAAUUUUUUUCAAGAACUGAAAAAGUCAUGAAACACGCCUUCUGUUCUCGUUAUUUUUAAAAGGCGUUUUCCAAAGAGUGAAAUAAUAACCUUCCUCUGGAAAAUGUAAAAAAGCGAUACACGGCGUUUUAAAAAGGCUGGAGAGGGUGGCUAGUGGGCGCGGCUUAGCGCAACUGUCACGCAGUUUUAGGAGACGUUUCUCCGCGUAAAUUUACGUUCGCGUGUAAAUGUUUUUGACUGUUAAAUUCUGUAAAACUGUUCCUUCCUGACCAGGGAAUGGUCUCAGCUCACAGUGGGACUUUUGAAAUAGACCAUAUUUUCUAGAUGUAGUUUUUCACGCUGAUUCCAAAUCCGUUUUCAAAAGCUGCCACCGAGGUCUGUGAAAAAAGUUAUGGACCCUCAAAAGUCGAAAAUUUCAUAGUCUCCGAUCGAGCUCAUUUUUAGAGGUUAUAUAGUCCUUGUUUCCCUUGUCACGAUAAACCAUCAAAUUUUUUCAAAAAUUGUUUGUGAGCCAAGAUAUGAGCUUCCAAAGCCCCGCCGCACACAAGAGAAUGCGCGCGCGGUGUCCUAUUGCGAUCCGACGGCUGUCGAAGCAACGGCAGCGAGGAGCAGUGGAAAGGCGGCGGACUUGGGAGCACGAGGUCAUAG